CUCAAUGCUACCAGGAUUCGAGAAAUGCAUCCAAUAUGCUCAUAAUCAGGUGGUGUUGCCAUCAAGGGAAGAAAUGGUGUCAAUGGCUGCACUACAGCUUUGUCGAGAAAGAUGGCUCCAAGAAGCACAUCCAGGGACCAGCAAUGGCAACCCCAAAGGCAACAAAGAUCUCGAAUAUUAA